CUGCGGGCGCACGCGCGUAGGUGUUGUUGUGCGCAUGUGCGUUGCCAGGGGUAGCGCAGGUAGCCGAAGUGGCCCGCGUAGCGGCGCCUGUUGCUGAGGCGGGGGUAGGAGGGGCCCCGAGGCGGGAGGAAAGCUGCGAUGAGGUCCGUGCUGACGUGGAAAGAUAAAAUCGAUCAGUGUGUCUAUGACCUUGCAUUUAAGCCCGAUGGAACGCAACUGAUUCUGGCUGCAGGAAACAGAUUACUGGUUUAUGACACCUCAGAUGGCACCUUGGUUCAGCCCCUCAAGGGACACAAGGACUCCGUGUACUGUGUGGCCUACGCUAAGGAUGGCAAGCGCUUUGCCUCGGGAUCGGCUGAUAAAAGUGUUAUUAUCUGGACGUCAAAACUGGAAGGCAUUCUCAAGUACACGCACAGCGACUCGGUGCAGUGCGUCUCCUACAACCCCAUCACACACCAGCUGGCGUCCUGCUCCUCCAGCGACUUCGGCCUGUGGUCUCCUGAACAGAAGUCUGUCUCCAAGCACAAAUCAAGCAACAGGGUCACCUGCUGCAGCUGGACAAAUGACGGUCAGUACCUGGCCCUGGGGAUGUUCAACGGGGUCAUCAGCAUCCGGAACAAGAACGGCGAGGAGAAAGUCAAGAUCCAGAGGCCCGGGGGCUCCCUGUCCCCAAUAUGGUCCAUUUGCUGGAACCCAUCAAGCCGGUGGGAGAAUUUUUGGACGAACAGAGAGGACGAGGACGCUGAGGAAAUCAUUGUCAGCAGAUAUUUUCAGGAAAUCCCUUCCACUCUGAAGCCAACAGUGUACAGUAGUCAGGGUAGUGAGGCAGAGGAGGAGGAGCCCGAGGAGGACGACGACUCUCCCCGGGAUGGCAGCUCAGAGGAGCAUAAUGACAUCCUGGCUGUAGCUGACUGGGGACAGAAACUCUCCUUCUACCAACUGAGUGGAAAGCAGAUCGGGAAGGACCAGUCGCUGAACUUUGACCCCUGCUGCCUCAGCUACUUCACUAAAGGGGAGUACAUUUUGCUGGGGGGGUCAGACAAGCAAGUGUCCCUUUAUACCAAGGACGGAGUGCGGCUGGGCACUAUCGGGGAGCAGAACUCCUGGGUGUGGACGUGUAAAGUGAAGCCCGAUUCCAACUAUGUGGUGGUCGGCUGCCAGGAUGGCACCAUCGCCCUGUACCAGCUCAUCUUCAGCACAGUUCACGGGCUGUAUAAGGACCGCUAUGCCUACAGGGACGGCAUGACCGACGUGGUGAUCCAGCACCUGAUCACGGAGCAGAAAGUUCGUAUUAAAUGCAAAGAGCUUGUCAAGAAGAUUGCCAUCUACAAAAAUCGAUUAGCGAUUCAGCUGCCAGAGAAGAUCCUCAUCUACGAGUUGUAUUCCGACGACUCCUCGGACAUGCAUUACCAGGUGAAGGAGAAGAUCCUCCGGAAGUACGACUGCAACCUGCUGGUGGUGUGCACGGACCACAUCAUCCUCUGCCAGGAGAAGCGCUUGCAGUGCCUGACCUUCACGGGGGUCAAGGAGCGCGAGUGGCAGAUGGAGUCUCUCAUUCGCUACAUCAAGGUGAUCGGUGGCCCUUCUGCCAGGGAAGGCCUGUUGGUGGGCCUCAAGAACGGACAGAUCCUGAAGAUCUUUGUGGACAAUCUCUUCGCCAUCGUCCUCCUGAAGCAGGCCACCGCCGUGCGCUGCUUGGACAUGAGCGCGUCCCGGAACAAGCUGGCCGUGGUGGACGAGAACGACACGUGCCUGGUGUACGACGUCCACACCAAGGAGCUGCUCUUCCAGGAACCCAACGCCAACAGCGUGGCCUGGAACACGCAGUGCGAGGACAUGCUGUGCUUCUCGGGCGGAGGCUACCUCAACAUCAAGGCCAGCACCUUCCCCGUGCACCAGCAGAGGCUGCAGGGCUUCGUGGUCGGCUACAACGGCUCCAAGAUCUUCUGUCUCCACCUGUUCGCCAUGACGGCCGUGGAGGUGCCGCAGUCGGCGCCCAUGUACCAGUACCUGGACAGGAAGCUGUUCAAGGAAGCCUACCAGAUCGCGUGCCUGGGCGUCACGGACGCCGACUGGCGGGAGCUGGCCAUGGAAGCCCUGGAAGGGUUAGAGUUUGAAACUGCGAAGAAGGCCUUCGCCAGGGUGCAGGACCUGCGGUACCUGGAGCUCAUCAGCAGCAUUGAGGAGAGGAAGAAGCGCGGUGAGACCAACCAGGACGUGUUCCUGGCCGACGUGUUUUCCUACCAGGGCAAGUUCCACGAGGCGGCCAAGCUGUACAGGCGCUGCGGGCACGAGAACCUGGCGCUGGACAUGUACACCGACCUCUGCAUGUUCGACUACGCCAAGGAUUUCCUCGGCUCUGGGGACCCCAAGGAGACCAAGAUGCUGAUCAGCAAGCAGGCCGACUGGGCCAGGAACAUCAACGAGCCCAAGGCCGCCGUGGAGAUGUACGUCUCGGCCGGGGAGCACCUCAAAGCCAUCGAGAUCAGCGGGGACCGCGGCUGGAUCGACACGCUGAUCGACAUCGCCCGCAAGCUGGACAAGGCGGAGCGCGAGCCCCUGCUGCUGUGCGCGCACUACUUCAAGAAGCUGGACAACCCGGGCUACGCCGCUGAGACCUACCUCAAGAUCGGCGACCUCAAGUCCCUGGUGCAGCUGCACGUGGACACCCAGCGCUGGGAAGAGGCCUUCGCUCUGGGCGAGAAGCACCCCGAGUUCAAGGACGACAUCUACGUGCCCUACGCGCAGUGGCUGGCAGAGAACGAUCGCUUCGAAGAAGCCCAGAAAGCGUUCCACAAGGCCGGGAGGCAGCGGGAAGCGGUCCAGGUGCUGGAGCAGCUGACGCACAACGCCGUGGUGGAGAGCAGGUUCAACGACGCCGCCUAUUACUACUGGAUGCUGUCCAUGCAGUGCCUGCACAUCGCCCAGGCAGAUCCUGUCCAGAAGGACGCCAUGUUGGCCAAGUUCCACCACUACCAGCACCUGGCCGAGCUGUACCACGGCUACCACGCCAUCCACCGCUACACGGAGGAGCCGUUCAGCUUCCAUCUUCCCGAAACCCUCUUCAACAUCUCCAGGUUCCUGCUGCACAGCCUGACCAAGGACACCCCCCUGGGCAUCUCUAAAGUGAACACGCUCUUCACGCUGGCCAAGCAGAGCAAGGCCCUGGGCGCCUACAAGCUGGCGCGGCACGCCUACGACCGGCUGCAGGGCCUGCAGAGCCCCGCCCGCUUCCAGAAGUCCAUCGAGCUGGGCAGCCUGACCAUCCGCUCCAAGCCCUUCCACGACAGCGAGGAGCUGGUCCCCCUGUGCUACCGCUGCUCCACCAACAACCCCCUGCUCAACAACCUGGGCAACGUGUGCGUCAACUGCCGCCAGCCCUUCGUCUUCUCCGCCUCGUCCUACGGUGAG